GAACUGCAACACUGACUAUUGUAUAACACGCACAGCGAAGCUACUUGAAACAGCUGCUGAGUCUUCAUCGCUCGAUCUUGCCAAUUAUCCUGUCGCGUUCACUCACUUCUCAAUCACUCGCUGCUCGAUCCACCUGAAGGCUAAAACAUUACACUUGCCCAAUAUGCCUACUCGAGCCUCCGCACCGUCCAGCGCUGCUGCUUCGCCAGCUAAGAAGCCCAGGUCCGCUGUCCUGCCCAAACAACCAAGCAAAGCUCCAGUUUCAAAGAAUGCUCCAAAAUCAUCUGCUCGAGCAGUGAUGGAAGAUGUCAACAUGGAUCACGAGGCCGCUUCGCAAUCCAAUGGCCAUGUGAAUGGAAACGGGGCUGAGGCUACUGGUCCAGUCAAAGGCCGAGCAGCUGGAUUGACUCAAGAAGCCAAUGGUGGCAGUCGAGCUGGCAAAGGCCACGUCAGACGAGGUAGUCUUCGUGCGCCACCCGUCAAAAUCCCUAUCCCUUCUCCGCCUCCCAUCUCUGAACCCCCGAGAGAGCUCUUCGUCUUUGGAUGCGGGGAUAUGGGUCAAUUUGGUCUCGGACCAGAUGCUCUGGAAGAUAUUCCGCGACCACGCAUGCAGACUUGGUUUCAAGAGCACGCCAAUGAUCUCAGUCGGGCUGGAAGAAGCGGAGCUGGAGGUCUGGAGACAGUCACUGCUGGAGGAAUGCAUACCCUCGCAGUAGAUGAGAAUGGACGGGUAUACACAUGGGGUAUCAACGAUAAUGCUUGUCUUGGUCGAGUUACUGUCGGGGUUCCCGACCCCAAAGAUCCUGGAAAGACUAUCCAUAAUGAGAACCUGGAAGCAUGGCCAUUCGUGAUCGAGCAAUUGGAGAAGGAAGGAUUCCGGACCGUCUCUGUCGCUGCUGGAGACAGUGUCAGUGUGGCGGUUUCGGAUACAGGCGAUUUCAGAGCAUGGGGAAGUUUCCGGUCUGACGAUGGCAUUCUCGGGUUCGAUGGGGUCCCUGGACAUUCUCGGUUUCAAUUUACUCCCAUCGCCAUUCAGGCAUUUCAGCGGAACAAGCUGCAAAUCAUCCAAGCUGCUUGUGGAUCCAAUCAUGUCUUGGCUCUGACAUCCCAGGGUCACGUCUACGUCUGGGGAGAAGGCGGACAGAACCAGCUCGGUCGACGCAUCAUGGAGAGGAGAAAGUUGAACGGAUUGGAACCUGAACGAUUAGCCUUACGAAACAUUGUUCACGUUGCCGCUGGUCAAUAUCAUUCGUUCGCUCUGGACUCCAACGGAAUCGUUUGGGCUUGGGGUCUCAACACCUUUCACCAGACUGGUCUGACGCCCGCCAGAGGAGGGGACGAAUCCAUGGUUAUGAUUCCAGCUCAGGUCGAUGCGCUAUUACCAGAGAAUCAUGGCGGAUCAAGAGUCAUUCAAAUUUCCGGCGGUGAACACCACUCCUUGUUCCUCUUCGACAAUGGGGAAGUUUGGGCUUGCGGACGGAGUGAUACUUGUCAGACGGGUCUUGGACCAGAUCAUCCAGGGACCAAGGCGAUUGAAGAGAGGCGAAAGGAGGAAAAGACUGAAUUUGUGGAGGCGGUGAAAGUGGCGCGGGAAAAGCUGGAGGAACUCACCACCAAAGGAGAUGACGAGGAGGCGAGGAGGGCAGCCGAGACGACACUUCAAAUUGCCGAAGCGAGACUGAGGAGUCCAUCGAAUGAUUAUGUCCCAGAGCCGGUCAGAGUAUGCUUCCCGCCUAUUCCCGAGGAAUACUCUGUCGUACCUCCUUUCCCAUCUUACGCCGACUCGAAACCUAGCGAUAAUCCCAUCGCUCAGAUCUCUGCUGGAACACGGCAUAACCUAGCCGUAUCGAAGUCUGGGCACUUGUACUCAUGGGGUCUUGGCGAGACAUGUCAACUUGGUCUAGGAAAGGAAGAGCAGGCCGCUGUGCCGACGUUAGUGCGGAGUGCUCAACUGAAGCAGUACCAUGCUGUUCAAGCUUCAGCAGGUGGACAACACUGUUGCGUCCUGGCUAUCAAAGGCAAGGACGAAGAGGGUCGUCCGCUGAAACGAUAAACGAGGACGAAUUGAAUUGUUGAAACGGCAUGUGACGAAUCGGAUCAUCGACCCGACAGAUGAUGCAGAAGAGUAUGGAAGUGUGAAAGAAAAAGAGAUUGUCAAUCUCUAUACCCUUAACGAGACAGUACGAUAUCGAGCUCCCAAUCAGAACCAACCUGGACUUUUAGUAGCUCUGCUCCCUCAUGGUGUUGCCACGUUAUCAGUGUCCUGGCAAGAUGAUGCAUGCAU